AUGGUCACUCUCCACCUAAGUACACCACCUCCAGAUAUUCAGCAACACUUUGGCACAAAACUGAUAGAUACUAGAAGCUACAUCGCCAACAUAUUAGUCAACCCUUUACUUCCACGCCUAUUUAAUUCUGAGACUGUUGUUCGGGUCCGUAUUGAUGCCCAUCUAACAAAUUCAAUGAUGCAAAAUCUUCGCUAUGAUCGCGCCCACGGCAUAUCCCCUCAGUAG